UCAAUUCCUCACCUAACCCAUUGGUCUUCUUCAUCCAUCCUCCACAAAAAGGGCCAACCACGAUCAACAUGUUACCUUCCUCACCAACCCUCCAGGAGACUCCGCCUUGUUUCCUUUCAUUUCUGUGCUCAACUCUAAGCUAAGCCUAUGGCAUCCACCGCCAAUCAUUUCGCUCUUUCUCUCUCUUCCAAGCGAACAACGAGCUCUACAGCCUCAAAACUCAAUACCAGUUUCUCUCACCUCCAUUGCUUUCAAAGUUCCAAAUUCCUGUCUCCGAGAUAUUCUGUCGAAUUGAACAGGAAAUGGGUUUCUGUGUCGAGCAUGGGUCAAGAUAGGAGCCUAAGGGUAUGCGCCAAUUCGGCUCAAGUUAUGGAUCAGUUUGCUACAAAGACGGAGCCUGGUGUUCCCACGAUCGUUGAGGUCGACCUGGGCAAUCGGAGCUAUCCGAUUUAUAUCGGUUCGGGGCUGCUUGAUAAACCUGAGCUUCUCCAGAGGCAUGUUCAUGGAAAGAGGGUCCUUGUGGUCACUAAUAAUACCAUUGCACCAUUGUAUCUGGACAAAGUUGUUGAUGCUCUAACAAGAGGAAACCCAAAUGUUUCCGUUGAGAAUGUCAUUUUGCCAGAUGGUGAGCAGUACAAAGAUAUGGACACUCUAAUGAAAGUGUUUGACAAGGCCAUUGAGUCAAGGUUGGACCGGCGAUGCACAUUUGUAGCUCUUGGAGGUGGUGUAAUUGGUGACAUGUGUGGCUUUGCAGCUGCUGCUUUCCUGCGCGGUGUUAACUUUAUUCAGAUUCCAACAACUGUUAUGGCUCAGGUUGAUUCUUCAGUUGGUGGCAAGACUGGGAUAAACCAUCCUCUUGGAAAGAACCUGAUUGGUGCUUUCUACCAACCUCAGUGUGUGCUUAUAGACACAGACACAUUAAAUACAUUACCAGAUAGGGAACUGGCAUCAGGGUUUGCUGAAGUUAUAAAGUACGGGCUCAUCAGGGAUGCAAAAUUUUUUGAGUGGCAGGAGAAAAAUAUGGAGGCAUUGAUGGCGAGGGACCCAAGUGCACUGGCAUAUGCUAUAAAGCGAUCAUGUGAAAACAAGGCUGAGGUUGUGUCCUUGGAUGAGAAGGAAAGUGGACUGAGGGCCACAUUGAACUUGGGCCAUACAUUUGGCCAUGCAAUAGAAACUUCAGUUGGCUAUGGACAGUGGCUUCAUGGAGAGGCUGUUGCAGCUGGCAUGGUAAUGGCUGUUGAUUUAUCACAUCGCCUUGGUUGGAUUGAUGGUUCUAUUGUGCAGCGAGUUCAUGCCAUUCUUAAGCAGGCAAACCUACCUACAACCCCUCCUGAAAAUAUGACCGUGGAUAUGUUCAAGUCAGUAAUGGCGGUAGAUAAGAAGGUAGCCGAUGGGUUGCUAAGGCUUAUCCUUCUAAGGGGUCCUCUAGGCAAUUGUGUUUUUACUGGGGAUUAUGACAGAAAAGCCCUUGACGAUACACUAUGCAAAUUCUGUAAAUCUUGAUCUUAUGCCUGGAGCCUGGUUCUUUAUGUUCCAGUUUCAUGCAAUUCUUGAGCAAGUGUAGCGUGCUUUUCUUCAUGUAAUCCUUAUGUCAUUCGUGGUGCAUUGGCAAAGUCUUUCCCUAUGUUGUAAUAUUAGAAAUUAAGGCAUGGUCAAUGACUACUAUUUGAGUAGAUCAAAUUCUUUUGUUUCUCCGAGAGUUUUGAGCACCUGAUUCUAUUUAUCGUUUCUCAGCAAGCCUUGUCCUAUUUAUUAAGGCCGGCUUCAUAAGUCUGUAAGAUAUCAUCAUACUAUUGGGCUUUAUCAACAAUAAACUGUUUAAAAAUACCGUUUACCCUAA